UCCAGGUCGGGAUUAUGAUGACCCGCAUGGAAUCAUGGGAUAUCUUGACUUCCUUUCCCGCCCCAAACACAUGGGCGUCUUAAAGCGUCACGGCCUUCUGAAGAAGUUAGGACCACUUGGUGGGGUUCUUUUAGGUAUGAAAGGUCAUCACAAAGGUCGACAACAUGGCGGCGGAGGUCGUCAUGGCGGCCGGCGGCGUAACCAUGGUAACCACGACUUCGGGAGGCUGGGGAACCUGGGAAAGGGCGCCUGGGGCAGGAAGGGCAGACGGAAAGGACGUGGACAAGGAUACGGGCAUGGGCAUGGGCAUGGGCAUGGAGGUCGCCAGGGUGGAGGAUGGGGUGGGCCCCGAGGUGGGCCCCGGGGAGGUCCCCGUGGGGGUCGGGGCUGCUACAGGGGGAUCCGCAUGCACAACUUCCACGGCCUGGGCGCAGUACUGGGCGGGGAGGAGUACCACAGCGGCAGCGACAGCGGGGACAGCGACUGCGACUGAGGACAAGCGGAGAUGGCAGACUUCACGCCAUCAGAACCCAAUCACACACAUAUGCAAAAAUAGGUAG